CCUCCAGGCACCUCAUGCCAUUUGCAGUCAUGGAAGGAGCCAGAACCAAUCCAAAUUUAUGACGGAACUCACUCGCUCUCGCCUUGAGGCCUGCCUCAAACGCCUCGCCUCAAACGUACGCACGGCUUCGUGCAGGAACUGCUUCUUUGUAGCAUAAAGCUUGACACACUGGCAACCCAGAGCCUACCCACCGAUUGCAGAAGAUUUGGUACCUUCGCGAAGAACUGUAUGCCUGUUGCGCGCCUCGACACGAUUCCAUAGGAAUAAUUCUUAAUUGACGCGCCAUUCCAGUCUCAUUACUUCGAGGCGGCUCUUGAAUAACGACAUAGCACCGUGGCUCAUAUCGCCCGAAGAGAUCAUUUCGCAGCCUCCUGUCGUUCCGUCGUCUUCCUCCUCUGCACUACUAUCAUCAAUCUCUCUAUUUGACAUUCAGCCAUAUCCUAUUCACGACUGCUAGCUUUCUUGACGACAUGUCUGCGCCAUAUGUCUACAAUCCACAGGCAGAGCACUUCCCACCAUUCCGAUGGCAGGCUACGAGCAGCUGUUGGCCCCGCGCAUAUGGCCAGCCAUGCAGUGCCAACACGCCACAUGCUCCGUCACCUCCCGCUACGAUAUAUCCUCCUUCUCCGUACGCCAGCCCCCAACAGCAGCCUGUCGCAGAGUCUCCCUUUAUAUCUGGUUUAAACGGCCCAGACCUGUUCGGAUCUCCAUACCAACACAGCAGACAGUCGCCCAUACAACCAUUCAUUCCUCCAUUAUCACCUUUCGCCGAGCCUAUCAGUCGAGCACCUUCGUGGCCGGGGGCACCACCGAGUUGGAGUCCACCAAGCACGCCGUUCGCUGCUGCUGCCACACCUGUUAUCGCCGGCGCUCCAAUUAUCACUGGGGCAUUCCCUGCGACGCCGUUUGCUGGUGGGCCCUAUGGCACGCCAUACCCAGCUUUGGUCCAAUCAUUCAGUGGGGCACCAUUCGCCAAUCAGCCACUUCCAGGCAUAUAUCCAUCCAACUACGGAUCAUUUCCUGGACAGAUUCAGAUUCAUCCAUCGCUCAGCAGUGACACUUGCUCACGCAUAAUCCUAUUCGAUCUCUCAUAUUCAGCUUUCCUUCCGCAGAAGCUCGUCUCGCCUGGCAGCGAGGAUACGGUUCACUUCUCCAUGUCCGACAUCCAAGCACAGGCUUUUUACCCAGGCGUGAACAGGCUGCGAAUCGUCUGCGAUAUGACGCCAGACUUGCCGAUCGAGCUGGCGUACCCUCUCGGUGGCCAAGGCCCCCCGAUCAGCGUCGGGGAUGUGCUCAUUGCUAUCCAUCAGCAACUGCACAAACCCAUCUCGAGUGAAGACUGGGAGGCUUUGUCGUCGAAGAAAGAAGCUCGAGUCUCGAGAGCUUUCACGCGCCGUUGCAGGCAAGAGAGUAUCCGAUGUCAAACCGGAUACAAGUCCGACUGUGGAAUACACGAGCGACAGAAGGGUGUCAAGUUUGUCGAUUUUCUGCAGGGAAAAACGAUGUUCCGAGGGCUUGUGAAGACUGACGAUGGACUGCUGAAACUGGUUGUGGCCGACCCUUAAAUUAUAUUUCUGUAUGUAUAUGUACCAGAACUGGGCACCAUUGACAGUAACCGCGUGUACCGCCACCUGGCCAGUAGUAGUACUCUAUGUGUACUGUAUGCAUGUCCGCAUAUGAUUCUUACUAGAUGUGAUUUCGAUCAGGACGCGCGGAAUCCAAGCCCGGAUGACUCCGUGGGAAUGUUCUGGUCUUUUC